GCUCGCGUGAGCCCGCGCGGCCGAGACCUCUCGGGUUCCUUCGGGGAAGCAGGAGGAGCAAGACCCUGAUCCAGCGAAGGAGAGCGAGCAAUGGGAAAUCCAGAAAACAUAGAAGAUGCAUAUGUUGCUGUUAUUCGUCCAAAGAAUGCUGCCAGUCUCAAUUCUCGGGAAUACCGAGCUAAGUCAUAUGAAAUUUUGUUGCAUGAAGUUCCCAUUGAAGGACAGAAAAAAAAGAGAAAGAAAGUUUUGUUGGAAACUAAACUUCAAGGCAACAGUGAAAUAACACAAGGCAUAUUAGAUUACGUAGUAGAAACCACCAAACCAAUUUCUCCUGCAAACCAAGGUAUCAGAGGAAAACGAGUGGUACUAAUGAAAACAUUUCCUCUGGAUGGAGAGAAGAUGGGGAGAGAAGCAGCAUUAUUUAUUGUUCCAUCAGUUGUCAAAGAUAAUACUAAAUACACAUAUACUCCAGGAUGCCCAGUUUUUUACUGCUUACAGGAUAUUAUGCGAGUCUGUAGUGAGUCCAGUACUCACUUUGCUACACUUACAGCAAGGAUGUUAAUAGCCUUGGAUAAGUGGUUAGAUGAACGUCAUGCACAAUCUCACUUUAUUCCAGCCUUAUUCCGACCUUCUCCUCUCGAGCGGAUAAAAACUAAUGUCAUAAACCCUGCAUAUGCUACUGAAUCAGGUCAGACAGAAAACUCACUACAUAUGGGCUAUAGUGCCCUAGAAAUAAAGAGUAAAAUGUUAGCCCUAGAGAAAGCAGAUACCUGUAUUUACAACCCUUUGUUUGGAUCAGAUCUGCAAUAUACAAACCGGGUAGAUAAAGUGGUAAUAAAUCCAUACUUUGGUCUAGGAGCUCCAGACUAUUCAAAAAUCCAAAUUCCCAAGCAGGAAAAAUGGCAGAGAAGCAUGAGCAGUGUCACAGAAGACAAGGAACGACAGUGGGUAGAUGAUUUUCCUCUCCACCGAAGUGCCUGUGAAGGAGAUUCUGAAUUACUAAGCCGACUUCUCAAUGAAAGAUUUUCAGUCAACCAAUUAGAUAGUGACCACUGGGCACCCAUUCAUUAUGCAUGCUGGUAUGGAAAAGUUGAGGCUACUCGCAUAUUGUUAGAGAAAGGAAAGUGCAAUCCAAACCUUUUAAAUGGACAACUUAGUUCUCCUCUUCAUUUUGCUGCUGGAGGGGGACAUGCUGAAAUAGUACAGAUUCUCCUAAACCAUCCAGAAGUUGACAGACACAUAACAGACCAACAAGGAAGAUCCCCAUUAAAUAUUUGUGAAGAAAACAAACAAAAUAACUGGGAAGAAGCUGCAAAGUUGUUGAAGGAAGCCAUUAACAAACCAUAUGAAAAAGUUCGAAUAUACAGAAUGGAUGGAUCAUAUCGUUCCGUUGAAUUGAAGCAUGGGAAUAAUACCACAGUACAGCAGAUAAUGGAAGGAAUGCGUCUCUCUCAAGAAACACAGCAAUAUUUUACAAUUUGGAUUUGUUCAGAAAACCUCAGCCUUCAACUCAAACCGUAUCAUAAACCCUUGCAACAUGUUCGUGACUGGCCAGAAAUUCUUGCUGAAUUGACUAAUUUGGAUCCUCAAAGGGAAACACCACAACUUUUCCUAAGAAGAGAUGUAGGACUUCCUUUAGAAGUUGAAAAGAAGAUUGAAGACCCACUAGCUAUUCUUAUUCUCUUUGAUGAAGCCAGAUAUAACUUAUUAAAGGGCUUUUAUACAGCUCCUGAUGCUAAACUGAUAACAUUGGCAAGUCUACUGUUGCAAAUAGUUUAUGGAAAUUAUGAGAGUAAGAAACACAAGCAAGGUUUUCUAAAUGAAGAAAAUCUGAAAUCCAUUGUACCUGUUACCAAACUGAAAAGUAAGGCACCUCACUGGACAAAUCGAAUACUUCAUGAAUACAAGAAUCUCAGUACAAGUGAAGGUAUCAGUAAAGAAAUGCAUCACCUUCAGCGCAUGUUCUUGCAGAACUGUUGGGAAAUACCUACAUAUGGAGCAGCAUUUUUCACAGGACAGAUAUUUACAAAGGCAAGCCCUAGCAAUCAUAAAGUUAUCCCUGUGUAUGUGGGAGUGAACAUAAAAGGACUUCAUCUCCUCAACAUGGAAACCAAGGCUUUACUCAUCAGUCUUAAGUAUGGUUGUUUUAUGUGGCAAUUGGGAGAUGCUGAUACUUGUUUUCAGAUUCAUAGCAUGGAAAAUAAAAUGAGCUUUAUAGUACAUACAAAACAGGCUGGCCUCGUGGUAAAACUGUUAAUGAAGCUAAGUGGACAGCUAAUGCCUACUGAAAGAAGUUCAUGAAAGGAAGGUAGCUGGUACUCAAGCCACCACAUUUUGUAGUUUUCAGAGUUUUUUCCAUGAAAGAUUUCUUAAAUUGUACUUUUAACAAGGCAUUUAGUCUCUUGUAAUAUAUAUGUAUACUAUUACAUUGUACAGAAUCUGUACUUAUGUUUGGUGUGUAAUAUACCAAUUAGUUUUAUAUAAUAUCCUCAUAAGCUAUUCUAAUUUUUGAGAGAAACACACAAAGUGUAGAUUAAUAGUCUGUAUAAAAUUAGACAAAAUAGUAAACUUUUUUAAAAGUUAUUUUUGGUAAUGGUAAUGAAUUUGGCGUGGAAUGUGAUAAGAUUAAAAUGUAUGACUGUUAUUUUAAAGUAUACUGAAAGUCAAUAUGAUUUGAAUAAAGAAAAUGUAUUUUCUACUUGA